AAUACUUUAAACUGGAUGGACGUUGCUUUGCAGAAGGCAAAUGAUUCAUUAAAAGCUGGCGAAGUUCCAGUUGGCUGUUUGUUUGUGUAUAAUGAUAAAGUCAUUGCUACGGGCAAUAAUAGUGUUAACGAAACGCAUAAUGCGACUCGUCACGCAGAAAUAAAUUGCAUAGACCAAGUUUUAGAAUAUUGCAGGCAAAUAAAUUUAGAUUAUAAAGAAGUUUUUCGAGGUAUCGAUGUAAUUGUUACUGUCGAACCGUGCAUAAUGUGUACAUCUGCUUUAUAUCAACUACAAGUCCGCAGUAUCAUAUACGGAUGUGCAAACGACCGUUUUGGUGGAUGUGUCAGUGUUUUCCAAGUACCAAAACUCUAUGAAUCAAAAACGACAAUUACGGGAGGCGUGAAAGGCGAUGAAGCAAUGGCUUUAUUAAAACAGUUUUACACAGGUACAAAUCCGAACGCACCGGAAAUGAAGGUGAAAAAGAAUCGCAAGAAAAAAGAGACACAAUAAUUAAAAAUAUAAGGACUUUAUUUAUUUUUUACGUGACUACACUGGUAAACAUCAGUUUUUUUAAUUUUUAUUUUAAUUUAAUUUAAAUGAUAUAGCGUAUGAAUGACGAAUAGUAUGUGAAAAGACUGAGUAAAUGUUUAAA